AUGAAGUCAUUUACUAUUGUUACUAUUCUUGCCUUCGCUGCCGCCGCCGCCGUUGAGGCCGGUCCUAUCGCCAUUCGCGACGUCUGCAACGCCGCCCCCACCGGCUCUCCGGCUAACAACGUCACUCCGAGCUCCCAGCCAGACGUUGCCACCGCGGAAGCCUGCCAGAAGCAAUGCGAGGCUGACCCCAGCUGCCAAAGCUUCGUCUUCGGCCAAGAUCCGUCUAGCACCACUCCUCGGUGCCAGCUCUACGCCGUCCCUGCCUCACAGGUCCCCAAGCAGUCCAAUGCCAACUUGAAGGUGUUCGACAAGGCCUGCUCCGGUGUCCCUGGGGCCCAGAAGCGCCGCGAGGCUGGCUCUCCUCCCCCUCCUGGCCCCUCCUUCGUUCCGGCGCCCCCAGCUCCCCAGGGCCCUAAGGAGCGCCGUCAGAGCGGUCCUCCUCCUCCUCCCUCUCCUAGCCCCCUUACCCCUGGCAAGCCUAGCAACCCUGAGCCCAGAGUUUGA